AUGGCCAUGGGUGUCACUUCCACCACUACGCCUUCCUCCUGUGUCUUCCAGAGUGUCCCCUUCCGUGCUGCCUCUUGUGAGAGACAUGCUAGAAAAGGGUGUGGUGGAGCCAGCGACGGGUCGCUUUUCCUGUCCCGUCUUUUUACUAUGCCAAAGAAGGACAUAGGGAAACCAAGGCUGGUUAUGGACCUCAGCUCACUGAACAAGUUCUUAAAGCCCCUGUGCUUCAAGAUGUUGACGGUGGCGCAGGUGCAUUCAGUGCUUCGAGAGGGAGACUGGUUGGCGUCCCUAGACCUCAAGGACGCUUAUUGGCAUGUCCCCAUCCACCCCCGGUUUCGCCGAUUUCUGGCGUUCCAGGUAGGGACGGAGACGUUCCAAUUUACCAGGCUCCCUUUCGGGCUCUCGAUUGCCCCGAGGGUCUUCACGAAGCUAGUGAGGGUGGUCGGCGCAAGCUUGGCAGAAGCAGGCAUCUCGACACUCAUGUACCUGGACGAUUGGUUAAUUCAUUCGCCUACCAAGGAGGGUGUCUUGAACGGCGUCUCAGUGACGCUGAAAGUGUUGGGAGACAUGGGUUUCCAGGUGAACUGGGACAAAUCUGCCUUCACUCUCGAGCAGAAGCUUUGUUGGCUAGGGAUAGAGUGGGACACGAUCAACGCCUCCCUCUCGCUGGCUCCAGACAACGCCCUUCGAACGCUCCGCUCCGUCAAGAGGGCUUACUUCUCUCACACGUUCUCUCGCCGUCAGUGGGAGGGCCUUCUGGGUUGCCUCAACUUCGCGGUCCCGACCCUUCUCCUCGGCCGCCUGAAGCUACGGCGUUUGACGUGGGAGGUCAACAGCCAUUCCCAUCCUAUCUCGCGACCUCCCCAGACCAGUUACUGCUACACUUCACAGCCUGUUGCGUCCUUGGCUCCGGUCUGGGGCCCUUCGCCAGUCCGUUCCUUGGUUCCCACCCCCACCUCAGUUAACAGUAGCGACGGACGCCUCAGACGUAGGAUGGGGUUUCCAGUCCAGCUGGGGCAUCAGGCUUGCGGGGGAUGGUCGGAGGAAAAUAGGUCCCUCCACAUCAAUCUUUGGGAGCUUUUGGUGGUGCAGGAAUGGCUCUUCAGGCACCACGAGAUCCGGGGCUUGAGCGUCCGCUUCGAUAGGGACAACGUGACGGCCGUGCACUGCAUACAGCGGCAGGGUACGGCUCGGUCCCGUCAGCUCCUGGCUCUGUCAGAGGACAUUUUCGCCGAGGCUUCACUCAGGCAGCUGUCACUCUCAGCGAAGUUUGUCCCGGGCCAGGAGAACACCUGGGCGGACGCUCUGUCCAGGUUCCGGGGAUCGUCGGUCGAGUGGCGUCUCCGCCCUCGGGUGUUCGACUCCCUCACACUCCGCUACGGAACCCCACAAGUGGACCUCUUCGACUCCUCGGACACAGCCCAGCUUCCCCUCUACCACACCUACAACCGGAGGACACGCGCCGGCGGCCCAGAUGCCUUCACAGAGGACUGGAACCAGUGGAACUUCGUGUACCUCUUUCCUCCACCUGCGACUCCAGUUCUUCUGAGGGUGAUGCAGACCUUCAGGUCCUACAAGGGUCGGGUCCUCCUGAUCACCCCCUACUGGCCAGCCCAGCCCUGCAUCACUUCGGCUUCACGCUUGGAGUUUUUACGGAGAGCUCUCUACCAUCGCUUCUCCUCCACGGCGGUGGACAAGAUGCUGAGGGCUCACCGCCCAUCUUCGGUGCGGCAAUAUGAAUCCUGCUGGCGAAGGUUUCAGGACUAUGUUCGGGUUCAUGAGGUUGAGGUUAUCUCUGCCAGCACGGUUCUGGACUUCCUUGCUUGGCUUGCAGACUCCACCAAUAGGGCGCCGGCGACGGUCUCGGCUCACUACGCAGCCCUCGCAGAUCCACUACGCUUUGGUAUGGAAAUCAGGGUGCCACGGAGGGCGCUAUCACUCCUCUUGAAGUAUAUCCGUUCCUCGAGGGCUUAG